GGGGGUCUAAGUCCUAGCAACCACUUCCCUCCUUCCUUUUGUCGGGUUAUUGGUAGUAUGAUCACUCCCGGUGGCUCAUGCAUCGGGGUGGCAUCAUCAGUUAUCAGUCUCACCAGAUCCCUGGAAGCAUCUGUUGUUGUUGCUGCUGGAUCGCCGCAUCUUGCAGCUGCUGCUGUUGAAGUUGGUGCCAUGCAUGCUGUUGCAUUUGCUGGUGAUGCGCCUCCUGGGCUGCACCCUGGGGAUGUUGCUGCGAUGUGUGGUGUUGUUGUUGCUGUAGCUGCAACUGCGUCGGCGGGUGCAGGCCGGUCUGUUGUUGUGGCAGCUGUUGGAGUUGUUGAGCUGCCCCCAUCUGCUUCUGUGCUUGCAACUGCUCUUGCAGGAGGUGAUGCUGGUGUUGUUGCUGCAGCUGAUGUUGCUGUUGUUGUUGUAGUUGUUGUUGUUGUUGUGUCAGCAUUUGUUCCUGCUGGACCAUUUGUAGCGGUUGUUGUAACAUCAGGUGCUGCUCCGUCUGCUGUGGCUGGUCCCAAGCUUGGCGCUGCAGUGGCCGCAAUGUUUGGACAUACGAGGGAUGGGCGGGCUAUGGAAUAGGGGAGUGUAAUGAUCCUGCCCAGCUCUUGAUGCAACACUCAACUUUGAGGGAAUGCCAUUCAUCAGAAAUCAAGAAGAACGGGAAUA